AUGGGUAGGAUAAAUUUGGUGUUAUUUUCACUUAUAUUAUGUGUAUCGACGUUCGUGACGGUCCAUUGUGAAGAUCCUUACUUGUUCUUCACAUGGAACGUUACAUAUGCCACCCUUUCUCCCUUGGGUGUACCCCAACAAGUUAUUCUCAUCAAUGGCCAGUUUCCAGGACCAAGAAUCAACUGCACUUCCAACAACAACAUUGUUGUCAAUGUGUUCAACAACCUCAACGAACCGUUUCUUCUAACAUGGAACGGCAUUCAACAGAGGAAGAAUUCUUGGCAAGAAGGGACAUUGGGCACAACUUGUCCCAUUCCACCUGGUAAAAAUUUUACAUACCACUUCCAGGUGAAGGAUCAGAUUGGAAGCUUCUUCUACCACGCCACGACUGCGUUGCACCACGCUGCUGGGGCCUACGGGCCCAUCCGUGUCCAUAGCCGGGAUCUUAUUCCAGUGCCAUUUGACCGGCCGGAGGAUGAGUAUGACGUUCUGGUGGGUGAUUGGUACACAAAAGGUCACUCUACCUUAAAGAAGUUACUUGACAGUGGGCGAACCCUGGCACGGGCCGAUGGCGUUCUGAUCAAUGGCAAGGCGGGUAGCACUAAAGGGGAAAAUGAGCCGAUGUUUACGAUGAUCCCUGGAAAGACUUAUAGAUACAGAUUCUGUAAUGUGGGGAUGAAGAACUCCAUCAAUGUUAGAAUUCAAGGUCAUACGAUGAAACUGGUGGAAAUUGAAGGAUCCCACACUGUCCAAAAUGUGUAUGAUUCCCUUGAUGUUCAUUUGGGGCAAUGCUAUUCAGUCCUAGUAACAGCUAAUCAAGAACCAAAUGCCUAUUAUCUUGUAGCUUCAACGCGGUUUACGAAAACUGCGCUGACCUCGACCGCAACCAUUAGCUAUUCGGGUAGCACGGGCCCCGCCUCACCAGAACUGCCCGAGGGACCCGUUGGUUGGUCCUGGUCCCUUAACCAGUUCAAGUCAUUUAGGUGGAACCUAACAGCCAGUGCUGCUAGGCCUAAUCCUCAGGGCUCCUACCAUUACGGCCAAAUCAACAUAACGCGCACAAUCAAGCUAGUCAAUUCAGCUGGCAAGGUUGAUGGAAAGCUUCGUUAUGCUAUUAAUGGAAUCUCACACGUAAACACCGAAACUCCAUUAAAGCUGGCUGAGUACUUUGGGGUUGCAGGCAAAGUUUUCAAAUAUGACCUACUUAAAGACGAACCACCCACAGAUACUAAACAGAUUACCAUUGCACCAAAUGUGAUCAAUGCCACUUUCCGUAACUUUGUUGAGAUCAUAUUCGAGAACCAUGAAAAGAGCGUUCAAUCAUGGCACUUGGCUGGAUAUGCCUUUUUUGCUGUCGCGAUUGAACCAGGCAAAUGGACACCAGAUAAGAGGAAGAACUACAAUCUUCUUGAUGCUAUAAGUAGAAACACAAUCCAAGUAUAUCCGAAAUCAUGGGCUGCGAUUAUGACAACACUGGACAACGCGGGAAUGUGGAUCCUAAGAUCAAUGAUAUCAGAGAGGCAGUAUUUAGGCCAACAACUCUACAUCAGUGUCCUCUCCCCUGCACGUUCUCUUCAGGAUGAGUAUAACAUCCCGGACGAUGAUCUUCUUUGCGGAAUUGUUAAGGAUCAGCCAAUGCCAGAACCAUAUACUGCAUGAUUCUACUUGAAGUCGACAGAUUUCAAGGCAAAAUUAGAGGCUGGCAAAGCUACCAUAAUACACAGGCUUAAAGAAGCACAAGGGAGCAUAUCAACGGGCUGUGCAGCAAGAGGGCGACUAGAGAAUUUAGAUUCGAAUCCCUUCCCAAUAAAGAGGAAGAAAACUACAUCUGAUGGUAUAAAUUGGCACAACCUUUAUAUUUUUAUUGAUCAUAGGAUUUGGUUA